AUGGGAUCGACCGGAGGAUCUCGUGCAGCGGAGGAAGAACAGUGCACGGAGUGGCAGGUGACUGCCGUAGAAUUCUUGCGCGAAUCACAGGCCGCCUCAAGAACAGCAGCUGCUGAACUUGUUGGGCCAAGCAGUAGCACUUUGCUUGCUUCUCUCAAGGAGUGGCUGCAAGAACUAGACCUUUUUACGCUUGCUUGCCUCCUUGACGAGCUCGGUCUAUUGGAAGAGCUACUCGAUUUGGUGAAGCAGCCUGCGCUGCUCCUUGCCGAGCUAUCUGAUCUGCAGCUUCAGAAUUCGAUCCCGCCCUCUGUCACAGUCACAGAUGGCCGUUGGCAUCUCUUCGUUGACCAGGAAGCCGCACUCCUGAAUGCUACCUUGCAAGAUUUGUGCAGGCCUUUUGCCGCCUGGCAGCAUGGAGUGCCAGGCACUGCGGCUCUUUUGCCGUCUCUUCCAGACUUUGCUCACAGAAGUACCCAGCGCAGUGCUGCAAGAUGCUUGGAACCUUCUUGCAGUGUCAAUCUGCGCCAUCGGCGCCUAUGCCUUUGA